AUGUCAGCAAUCGGCCUCUCGGCCCCCAGCCUCUCGCUUCCGCCUCCGAUGCACAUCUUUGCAACGGCGCCCGCCACUUGCGGCCUGAUAGUUCACCGCCACUACGAGGCGACGGGCGGCACAGCCUUCCGCGAGCUCUUCGCCAAAACCCAGGCCGCCGCGCCGGCAGCAGAGCGCUGGCUCUUCUUGGGGGAUGACUGUGAGCGCGAGGCCCUUUACGGCCACUGGUGCCUACACCACGGCGCUGAGCUCGACCGACUAUGCGGCUUGCGCGCGCCGGCACCCGUUGCGCCCGCGUGUGCAGCCGCGUCGAUGCCGCUGGCCAGGCACCGGGCCAUCCUUGAAUUCCACGCGGGCCACCCGUGGUAUUCCUUCCGCCCAGCCGUGCCGCAGCUGCGGGCCCUCUAUCGGCGGCUGGGCUGCAGCUUCACCCUCUUCACCCUGCUGCGCGAGCCCGUCGCCUUCGUCUUCUCCUUCUGGCAGCAUUUCAAAAAGGGCCGCCAGGAGCUCGACGCCUUCCUGCAGGACCGGCAGGAGGCUGCCUGGACGCGCGAGUUCUUCACCGUGCGGGUGGCGGGCGACGCUGCCACAGCAGAAGACGCCGCCGCAGAAAGCGACGCCGGGCAGACGCUGAAGGCGAGGGUGGCGGGCUUCCAGAGACGGCAAAAGUCGCGGAUUAAGCGGGAGGCGAAGUGGCGGUCGAGCGGCACCCUUCGACGCUAUUAUAUAGAUGCGCGAUCGCCGCUGCCGGGUAUAUUGGCUAAGCUCACCUCAACUCUUGAAAGUGUGCAGGCCCGCACGGAGCUCGCGACCUAUGAGGUGGUCGGGCUGACGGAGGAGUGGCUGGCGACACUGCUGCGUGUGAGCGACCAAAGCGGCUUCCGCUUCGAGCCAUCCGACGUUGGCGCUCACGCCCGCACCGACGGGCCUGCUCCGGGCAAUGCGACGGCUCAUAAGCUCGCCUCGCUGCCGGCGGAGACGCGCAUGGCGCUGCAACGUACGACGCGGUGCGACGCGGCACUCUACCGCGCGGCGUCGCAGCGCUUCAAGGAAGCAAUUGGCCCCGCCGACUCGCGCUUUCGAGCUCGCCUUCGUGUGCUGCAGCAGUACUACGAGCUGAAGGCUCCCCGUCGCGAUCUGCCCGCUGGCGCACGGCUCUUUCCUGGCCGACGUCGCCAGCUGUGCCGCAUUGUCGGACCGCUCCUUUGUAACGAGUCGACGACGACGCGCAUUCCCAUCGCGAACGUGAGGGCGCAGCUGGCCAAGGCGCCGGCAUGGCACGGGGGGUGCGACUUGCGUCGAAACGCGCCCGUUGCGCUGCACGCCGUCUUUCCCGCGUGCACGAUGCUCGUGCCAAAGUCGAACCUCUCAGAAGACACGAGCUCGGGCCCUGUCUGGGAGACGUGGAGACGCACGCUGGAGCGGCGCACGGGGUACAGCGUUGUCGCGGCAAGUCAUGACUUUUAG